AUUAAAUCCAUCCGGAAAUUCUAUUACCAAUUAAACCCCUUUUAAUCAACGAAUUAAGGAGAAAAAAAUCAACAAAAGCAUUUCAGAAGCUGAAGAAACAACACUGCAGUUUUUUUAUCAGUAAACUGCGACAAUUUUUCAAAUUUUCCUCAGCAGCAGAAAUGCUAAAGGCAUAUAAUAAUCUUCCGCCAUUGUUAACAUCACCCGUUACUGCUCUCAAGCUCUCAUUCAUCCCCACUCUCUCCCUCUCUUCUUCUUCUUCACCGACUUCCAAAUUUCAUACCAAUUUAUCCACAUUUGCCCCACUCAAUUUUCUACCCAAAACCCACAAACCCACCAAAUUUUCUUCUCAUUUUUUCAAUUGGGUCGCACCCUCUAUGCUCGGCCAUCAACACUCAUGUCCCAAAGCUGCUUCGUUCAGUUCAGGAAGUGGGUCUAGAGAUGGGAGAGAGAUUUUGGUGCAGCACUUGCUUGUUAAAGAAGAUGACCUUAAGCUGUUAGUGGAGCUUCAACAUAGAGUUGCUAGAGGAGAGGAUCUGAGUGAUCUUGCUGUGGAAUAUUCUAUAUGUCCAUCCAAAGACGAGGGGGGAAUGCUUGGGUGGGUCAAAAAGGGGGAAAUGGUGCCAGAAUUUGAGGAAACUGCUUUUGGUGCUCCUUUGAACAAAGUUGUAAAAUGUAAAACUAAAUUUGGGUGGCAUUUGUUGCAAGUUCUAUCUGAUAGAGAAGCAUCUGUAUUUGAAGACAUUCAGCCAAAUGAGUUUCAUGUUAAAAUGCAAGAUCCCGACUUUAUUGAGACAGCUCAACUGAUUGAUGUCCGAGAACCAGAUGAAGUAGAAAAAGCUUCGCUACAAGGUUUUCAGAUCCUUCCCCUCCGACAGUUUGGAAGCUGGGCAUCAGAAAUAACUACCAAGUUUGAUCCUCAAAAGGAUACCUAUGUUCUCUGUCACCAUGGCAUGCGGUCAUUACAGGUCGCUAAGUGGUUGCAGACGCAGGGUUUUAAAAGAGUAUUCAAUGUAGCCGGAGGAAUUCACGCUUAUGCUGUUAAGGUUGAUCCAUCAGUUCCUACUUACUGACAGAUUUUGCUAGAGAAUUUUUUGUAGAUUUUCGAUGUGCUAUAAUGUGAUUGACUCUGUGCUGCACAAAUGACGUGGUGGGCAGAGUCUGUAAGAAUUUUUCGGUUUUGCUAUUUCAGUAUCAAAUUCCAUGCCAAAGACUAUGGAAGUCUAAUUGUCAAAUUUCCGGUUCACAUCUACAAUUUUAUAUCAUUGUUAUUUUUAACCAAAAAAACAAAAUUUUGCAGCUUCAACAUUCGAAUUUAGUUAAUGUUUCUGAAUUUA